UUGUGAAUGAGUAAUUUGUAGACUUGCCUAAAAGCAAUGUACUUAGGAACAUUUUUGUGUAAUAAUAAAUAGUAGUGCGCUAGUGGUGUAAGGAGAAUUUGAAAGAUGAUCACUUAUCAUCACUUAUUGCACUAAUGAAUUUUUGGUCGGAGACGCUGCAAAUUGCAGCCCUUUGCUACACCGUCACCGCAACUGUUCUAGUAUUCGCCUUAAGUGUUUAUAUACACAUACUCAGGAGAAAUCGUAAACGUUGCACUUGUUCUCUAGAUCAAAAAGACGUAGAGAUGCGAAAUGCGCAUAGGAAAAGUGAAAACAACGUUUAUGAAACUGACCACCUCCCACCCAAAACCACAAAACUUGAAGUUUCAUCACUGCCUUUACYCAGAAUAACAACUAGUGAAUACGAGUCCAUUACAAGCGACUUUACAAAACAAAAUUCUCUUCCUUUAAUACACGAGUCUACUAGUGUAAAAAUCGAUGAUUCCACCAAUUUUUUACACGAAUACGAACCUAUUAUCGAAAUGAAUGAAGAUAUUUCCAAGUCGAAACAACAGGAUUUAUACUUGCGAUUUCUAUGUGAUUUGGCAAAAAAAAUCAAAAUGAAAGAUAGUGUAGCUUACGAUGCUUUGCAAAAGCAUGGUAUUUUGCCGGGACACCAUUACGAAAUUGUAAACGAAAAUGAUUCAUAUAAUCAAGGAAUGGAAUAUGACUCGGACGAUGAUUGUUAUGUAAAGUAUGUUCCUUCGGAAAGUGUAAAAAGAUCAUUAACGUUGGCAUACACACCGCAUAGAACACAUCGUCCUAAUGAACGUUUAAAAAAAUGUCUCAGAGAAAAUAAAUGUGCUAAUGUCUGUACUUCAAACACACAGUUGGAGAGACCGCCAGUACCCCCCAAAAAACCAAGAUCAAGAAAAAAUUCGGACGAUGAUAUCCUCUGAAGCGAAUUAUAAUUUUUAGGUUUUUAUACAUUAUUUAUUUCUGUACAUACAUAAUAUAGUAGACAACAUAAAUUAUUACUUUGUCUUAGAAAUUUUGUCGAGGUUUUGCUUUCAGCAAUCUUUUUUAAUCAAGAUUUUAAAAGUGUUAGAAAGAAAAUCAAGAACCAAAAGCUGACUAUCAAAUAGGGAAAACAUUUAGAUUACGUUUUGUAUUUACGGCGGCGGUUUCCUCUAUUUCAGUACGUACACGGAAUUUUGGACGAUUUGUCAUUCGACUGACAUAAAAAUGUAAAACGGGCCUUAAGCAACUAACCUCACUUUUGAUUUUUGUAAUUUUUGUCCUCAUAGCUG